UAAGCGGAUAAUCUGGUCGGCUGAAUGCUGCCUGGCGUCCCUGGUCCAGCGAUCUAUCAGCCCUUGGGUCUGAUGACGAUGACGACGGUGAGUCACCGAUGGAGGUGCCUGAUGCGCAGAGUGGCAGUCCUUUCCUUGGGAUUGCGGGGCGCAAUGUGGCGACAACAACGACGAGAUCUCGACAAUUAGCGAUUAGCGAAAUGGCCCGACGCACAGUCGAGCGUCUGCGCUCGCUUGGAGCUUGGCCUCAAGCUCCCCGCAUCCGUGCAGACCGGGACAUUUCGUUUCGGCAGUGGUCGGGCAUAGAUCCGUCAUUUGCCGUCCAGCGACGUCCGGGCCGUUUGCCUCUGCAUUCUUCUUCUUCUCGUUCUCCUCUGUGCCCUGCAGGGCCUAGUCCUUCCCUAGUUGUGGUGUCAGUCUCCCCGAAAGAUGUACGACGCUGCUGCCAAAACGCCUCCGACGUUAAUCCGCUCUCCGGCCCGCUGCACUCCGCACCGAGACUUGGGACGCAAUGUUCGCAGCGCAGAGCACGAGCACAUGCUUGCCGCGUGCCGCAGACAAGUUGGCAAUUGGCGAGAGACGAGAGGCGGCGUGCGACAGACGAUUUGUGCAUUUGUGCAGUUGUGCAUUUCUGGCAUGUCGGGCCCGCCGUGGCCCAGGCAUUGUCCCUUCGUCGACCCACGCGAUAUCCUGUCUCCUGGGAUCGCUGAGGAUCGGGGAUCAGACACGGUGCUGGCGCGGAUGGUGGCUGCUGAUAGUAUUGUGCUGCUGGUUAUUUUGGUGGUGGACCUUGGCGUGACGCUUAAGGU